AUGGGCUUCCUACUACUGCUGUUCCUGGUGUUCUUUGCACCCCUGCUACUCUUUGUCGCAUGGCUUGCAGCUUCAUCCUGCCUGGGAAAUCGCCUUCGUUCUGUGCGACCAGGAUUGGACGGAUAUGGAGCGAGUUACCUCCGCACAAUGGCCAAUUCAGGACCUGCUAUGUCCGAGCAGAUCGAGAUGGAAGAUAUGCUAUCAGAACCAGGGACCCAACGACACUUCGAGGAGGACGAUUGA